GCACUUCAAAAGACGGAGGAGGUCGAAACAACCCACUUGGUGUCGAAGCAGGAGGAGGAAAAAUCGGCGGUGAAAAUCGAAAUGGAUGAGGAGAAGCAUGAUAAGGUUUAUGCAGUAGAAACACCAGCUCAGGAAGUAGUAAAAACAGAAUCACACCAGGACGAAGAAGUGAAGGAAACCACUUCUCGAAGAGGUAGUACUGAAGAAAUUUCGGAACCUGUAGCAAUUGUGCCUGCACUAGCGCCUCAGGAUUCGCAUUCUACGUCUUCGGAUGGUCGACCGAAACUCCUUACCAAAGCUGCUAUGAAGAUCUUCGUUCCGAGUCAGUCUGCAGUGGCAUCCACUGUUUCGGCAACUCAGAGACAACUCUCGGGUUUGAUUUGGUUUCCCUCGUCUGUAUCUCUUACAAUAACGCAUUUAGUUGAUCGAAUUGUUCAGGAGUAG